UUUAUUGACAUGUGUGAUGCUUAAAAAUACAGUUACUUUUUGUUAAAGAAAUUAGUUGAAUCAUAAUUGAUAUAAAUAUAAUAUAGAUCUAUAUGAUCUUUGUAACAUGGCCUCAAAUACAAAGAAUUUAGCUAUUAUUUCAGGAGUAGGACUUCGUUUGCCUCAAGCAAACAAUUUAGAUGAAUUGGCUCAAUUGCUUCUAAAUAAAGGCUGCUUUACUGAGUACCAAUGGCAUCGAGUACAGUCAAAUUUGUAUGGGCAGAAUAUUUGCCAUGGAAUUGUAGAUCCUAUGGGAAUGAUGGAUUGCGACUUCUUCAAUAUCCCCCCUGAAGAGGCUGUGAUGUGUAAUCCAAUGCUUGGCCCCCUGUUGGAAGUUGUGGCCGAAAGCAUCCUGGACUCUGGCUUAAAACUCUCUGACGUUUCCAAACACUGCACUGGGUUCUACCUUGGUGCAACCUUCUGUGACACUGAUGUCAUGGUGUCCAACCUGGAAACCUCCUCAAACUCUUUCAACACAAGAACAGAGUUAAGUGCUAGAGUUUCCCAUCACUUUGAUCUGAAGGGACCAGUCAUUCAAUUCGAUGGAGCCUGCGCCUCAUCAUUUGCAGCACUACAUGCAGCUAUGCUGGACAUUCAAGCAAACCGCUGUGAAAUAGCUAUUGUAGCAGGGGCCAAUCUGGUUCUUGAUCCAAUGGUGUCUGUGCAGUUUUCCAAGUUGAAUAUGCUCAGCCCUACUGGGCUUAGUGCCCCUUUUGAUGAGUCUGCCAAUGGUUAUGUCAGAACAGAUGGUAUUGUUGCUAUUCUUUUGAAAAGUGAUGCUAGUCAUAUCUCAAGCAGAACUUACUGCAGUGUUGUGGGGUUUGGACUCAAAAGUCAAGGUGCCAAUGGCAAUGGAAUAUUGCGCCCAAGUAAACAUUUCCAGUCUGAACUACUGGAGGAAGUGUAUGAAAAAUUUAACAUAAAUGUGGAGGAUGUUGUGUUCCUGGAGUCUCAUGGGACAAGCACACAGAUAGGGGACAAGACAGAGUUGGGUGCCAUCUACAAAGCUGUGUGUUCCAAGAGGACCAAGCCCAUUAUUGUGGGAUCUAUUAAAGGCAAUAUUGGCCAUACAGAGGCUUGUUCAGGUUUGGCUGGAAUCUUAAAAUGUUUGGCCAGUUACAGGACCAACACCAUCUUCAGCAAUGUCAACUAUAGAAUCCCCAACAGCGCCAUCCCUGCUCUCCACACAGGCGACAUCAUCGUCCCUGUGACCAGCGUCCCGUUGCCCCAAGAUGGUGCCAAUCUAAUGUGUGUCAGCUGUUUUGGGUUCGGAGGUCUGGGAGGUCACAUCGUUCUGAAACCUGCUGGACAUGUUAUCAGUGGUGACCUGGUACCUCCCCCCAUGCUGAUCCCACUGAACCUACCCCUUGACGUGGACAUACAGACAGUGGAAGACUCCAUCAGAAAGGAAAUCACCAACCCAGCCUUCUACCAGUACCUCCUGCACUCUGAGAUGUGCUCUGGUUAUGUCAACUAUCAGCGUACCUAUGUUAUUGUACAACCUGAAUCUGGUAGGUUUGAGAUGUGCUCUGGUUAUGUCAACUAUCAGCGUACCUAUGUUAUUGUACAACCUGAAUCUGCAACUUUAACCUAUCCUACCUGCGUGGCCUCUGCUAUGCCGAAGAAGAAAAUCCAUCUAGUGCUGACAGAUUUCCUUAGCCAAGCUUGGACCCCCAGGAAGAGUAUUUUAAAUUUACAGCCAGUCGCCACUUCACUGGCCCUCUCACAGCAGGUUUACCAAGCAAUUGAUCACGAGCACGGAGAUCUGAUUGGUUCCCUGAAGUCUGAUGCAGCACCUCUUGUCCAGGAGCCAGUAGGAUUUGUUUUGAGAGUGGCUUGCCAGAUAGGUGUGAUUGACCUCCUGUCUGAGCUGGGUGUCCUGGAGCAGGUUGAUGCCAUAGAAGGUCCAGGUGUUGGGGCUCUGGCUGCAGCUUAUGCUGACCAGUGCCUGACCCGUGGGCAGUGUAUCAGGUUGGCUGAUGUCAUGGAGAGGGUAUUGCUUGAGGAGAAUCACAGCCACAAGGGGCAAGUGAACUAG